UUUUUUUUUUUUUUAUCUCUCAAAUUUUGAAAUUCUUUUAUUAUUAUUAUUGUUAUUGUUAUUAUUGUAUGUCUGACAUGUAUAUCUUCCCUGCCAUUUUAAGAUACUGACCUUCAGCUUCAUAAUUUAAAUCACCUUUUUAGUCUAAAUCUUGGACUUUAUUUUGCGGGGUGUUUUUUUUUAUCUUCAGAAUCUUUCUUAUUUUGCGUUCUUUGGGUAAUAUCAAAUGCCUUAUUAUUGUUAGAUCUUGAUGGGAAAUAUUUAAGCUUGGAUGUUAUGUGUUUCUAAGUUUGUGAAGUUUUAUCCCUUUCAUUUUAUUGGUUUCCUCAAUAAAACAUCAUCGAAUUAAGAACGUCGUCUUUUAUCAUCCAUUUGUAAUAUUAUAGAAAUGGUUGCUACUUUUUGACAGCUAACAAAAAUGGAAACCAGUUUGAUCAUCAUCACUGCCCAUUUGUCCAUUUUGUUCAUCUUUUUCCCUUCUUCUGGUAAAUGCUUAGUUGGAAUUGGAAAUCAGGCUGAGUUGGGUUCAAUUUGAAUAAGUUACUGGCAAAGUUGUUACUUUAUUGCCGAAUCUCUUUUUGAUAACUGAAAAUACAUUGUUUGGAUGCAAUUUUUGCUUUUGUGUUGCUUUCCAGUUAUUGUAUACUAACCUCAAGUAUGUUGCAGUUUGUUGAGUGAAAGUGUUGGUUUUGUAGCUUGAGUAAAACAAGAAUUCAGUUCAAAAGGGCAACCUUUUGUCGACCUUUUUUUCUACUUACAUGUCCUUUGCAACUAAAUUUAUGGGGUUUUGUUUUCUGGCAUGUUUGUGAUUUGUGAUUCUUUGAACUCCUGGAACUGUAUUUUAUUGAGCCAUGUAGUAAUAUGUUUGCUUAAACCGCUCAGGAACUUAGACGUCCCCAACGCCUUGGCUGAUUGCUGCCUCAGACCUUGUUCCAAGGUUUUGGAAACAUGGCUGGGAUUGAUGAUAAUGUUGCUAUAAUUGGUGACUGGGUACCUCCUAGUCCAAGCCCAAGAGCAUUUUUCUCAGCAAUGUUAGGUGAUGAUAUUAACUCAAGUACAAUCACAGAACCCCCUGGGGAGAAUAGAACUAAAGGGCUCUUUCUGGGACAACCAGAGCAGAUGACAACAGGAAAUGCCGAAAAAAAAGAUGGAGCACGAACUAGUGGUGCCCAGCUGACUGAAUUGGGUUCAUUUUCUGAGCAAAAAUCAAACUCACGUGGAGGUCUCGUUGAAAGAAUGGCAGCCAGAGCUGGAUUUAAUGCUCCAAGGUUGAAUACAGAAAGUAUCAGGUCUGCUGAAACUUCACUGAACCCUGAGAUUAGGUCUCCUUUUUUGACAAUACCACCUGGUCUCAGCCCGACAACCUUGCUGGAAUCUCCAGUUUUCCUUUCAAACUUGGCUCAGCCAUCUCCAACUACUGGAAAGUUUUCAUUUUUUCCAAAUGGUAGCAGUAAGAACUCCACAGCGGGCUCCAAACUUCCUGACAAUAGUAAAGAAACUUUCUUCGACGACAUCAAUUCAUCUUCGUUCGCAUUCAAGCCUAUGGGAGAAUCGGGCUCUUCAUUUUUCCUUGGUGGAACAAGCAAGAUAACUUCAGCCACUUUUCCACAGCAAUCCUUUCCCAGUAUCGAUGUUUCUGUUCACUCUGAAAGUGCUCUUCAGUCACAUGAUGCUGCACCCGCCAAAGUUCAGUCUGAGAGUAGAAACUCCCUUCAUUUUCCAGCAGAAUUCUUCAAAUUGACAACUGAAAAGGAUAAUGGAGGAAAUACCGUAGCAGAUCAGAGGACUUUUGAUACUGUUGGUGGCAAUGCUGAGCAUUCUUCUCCCCUUGAUGAGCAACAAGAUGGAGAAGGAGAUCAAAGAGCCAGUGGAGAUUCAAUGGCUGCUGGUGGCACGCCAUCUGACAAGGGAUAUAAUUUUAGAAAAUAUGGACAGAAACAAGUAAAAGGAAGUGAAUAUCCACGGAGUUAUUACAAGUGCACUCAUCCAAAUUGCUCAGUUAAGAAGAAAGUGGAACGUUCUCUCGAGGGCCAUAUAACAGAGAUCAUAUACAAGGGGGCACACAGCCAUCCCAAGCCGCUACCCAACCGGAGGUCAGCUGUUGGAUCACUGGAUACACAACUGGACAUUCCUGAACAAGUUGUUCCACAGAUUGGUUCUGUUAAUGAUUCGGCUUGGGCAGGUACACAAAAGGGAAUUGCUGCAGGGACUUCUGAUUGGAGGCGUGACAAUGUCGAGGUUACAUCUUCAGCAUCUGGGGGCCCAGGCCCUGAAUUUGGGAAUCCAUCCUCCUCGGUACAGGCUCAGAGUGGAACUCCCUUUGAGUCAGGUGAUGCCAUUGAUGCCUCAUCUACCUUUUCAAAUGAUGAAGAUGAUGAUCGGGCUACACAUGGCAGUGUAGGUUACGAUGGUGAAGGAGAAGAAUCUGAGUCGAAGAGAAGGAAAAUUGAAACAUAUGCAACUGAAAUGAGUGGAGCCACCAGAGCUAUUCGUGAGCCUAGAGUUGUGGUCCAGACAACCAGUGAGGUGGAUAUCCUUGAUGAUGGAUAUCGCUGGCGAAAGUAUGGGCAGAAAGUUGUGAAAGGAAAUCCAAAUCCUAGGAGUUAUUACAAGUGUACUAGUGCAGGCUGCACGGUUAGAAAGCAUGUGGAGAGGGCAUCACAUGAUCUCAAGUCAGUGAUCACUACGUAUGAGGGGAAGCACAAUCACGAUGUUCCUGCUGCUCGCAAUAGCAGCCAUGUGAACUCUGGCACCUCCAAUGCCACCCCAGGCCAAGCUGCUGCUGCUGUUGCUGUUCAAACCCAAGUUCACAGACAUGAGCCAUCACAGGUUCACAACAGCAUGGCUAGGUUUGAGCGGCCUCCUGCAUUUGGAUCCUUCAGCCUGCCUGGAAGGCAGCAGCUGGGGCCUUCGCCUGGCUUCUCAUUUGGAAUGAAUCAACCUGGCUUGGCCAAUCUUGCAAUGGCUGGCUUAGGUCAGGGCCAACCAAAGAUGCCUGUUAUGCCCAUUCAUCCAUACUUGGCGCAGCAACAUCCUGGGAACGAAAUGGGGUUCAUGAUGCCGAAAGAAGAACCAAAGGUGGGGCCUGUGACAGAACCUAGUCUGAACCUCUCCAACAAUCGAACACUGUAUCAGCAAAUCAUGAGUAGGCUGCCUCUUGGGCCUCAGAUGUAAAGUUUUCCAUUUCCUUGUAUUCUCAAACGUUUAUUUAUUGUUGUUAUAAUUAUUUUACUUUUGUUGCAAGGAAAAUAGAAGGGCAAAAACCAUUCGUUCUCUUUUUCCUCUUGAUGUGGUGCUCUCAUAUAUGUAUAGAGGCAAGAGCAAUAUUUUCCGAGGAGGAAGCGCUGCUUGAGGUGUAUUAAAUUAGUGUUUUUAGGGUUUAGGGAAUUUGAUUUUUCUUAUAUCUGUGUUGUACUCUGUGCCAUUUCAACGUAAAACUGUGUCCCUUGGUUGGGAUUGCAAUAUAUGAUACUAACAGAAGAAACCUUACGCGAGGAGGUUGGAGUUUCACAUGGUGAAAUUAUUAUUUUAGUUUUAGUGAAAAAAAUAUAAGAUGUUUUGUUA